CUGCAGUGGGAGGCAGAUGAGGUAGGAAAGUGUUAAGUGCAAAAUUAUUAUUGUUUUUGAUGUUUAAUGGACAGAUUGAGGAGAAGUGCAUGUUUUGCUGUGAAGCAAUGAAAGUGAGCAAGCUGAGAAAUCAUGUUGAAAGAUGCCGCUAUAAAAGCUUCUCAUCUGAUGAAGAUGUCAAACCAACAAAGGACUCCAUUUUGAUUGACUCAGAUUCCGAUUCUAGGGAGGAGAUCGAGGAUGCCUUACUUAAACAGGCUUUGACAGAGAGCAAGCAACCUGAUACUCAACAUAAAUCUUAAGCUUUAAAUUUCACUAUAACACUUUUUAUACCUGUACUGUGUGCAGUGUGAUGGUCAGCUCUCUUUCUUGCUUGCUGAAGCUUCUGUCUGAGUAUCGGUUCAAGGAAUAUCAUCAGAUCCCAAUACGACGCACUCAUGUGUUAGUAGAUGCACUCAGAGCUGCAAGGCGGCCUGCAUUUACAAGCAUCAAGACAUUGACGGUUCACUUUGUAAGUGAGGAAGCAGAAGAUGGUGGAGGCCCAUCCAGGGAGUUUUGGUGCCUGUUGGGGAAAGAGAUAGCUCAGUCCAUGUUUGAGGGCCAUGAGAACAGUAAGGUUGUGCGGCACGAUUUAUUGGCUUUGCAGGGUGAGACGUUUCUUCUCGUAGGAAAAUUGAUGACCAUGGGAAUCACUCAGGGUGAUAGUGGUUUCUCCUUUUUUGGAAGUAGUCUCUACGCAUACUUAUGUGGUGUUAAAAUCUGUGAUAUUGACAUACCUGAUGAAGAAGUACCAAAUACUAACGUCCGGAUCCUUAUUCAGAAGAUCAAUGAUGCUGCUGAUGACAAAGACCUAAAAGAUUGUAUCCUUGAUGAAUGUGACACCAUUGUGAAUGCCGGGUACAGCAAGCCACUUUUUACCUCGACGCAAGCAGACAAGGUUGAGAUAGUGAAGACACUAAAACUCUACUACACUCUUCUCGAGUCUUUAGCAGAGAUUAACCAGCUCAAGGAGGGAUUGCAAGUGAACGGUGUGGGAGAAGCAAUUGUGAAGUACCCUGAACUAAUGAGGCCUCUAUUUGUGCACAAUAACACACAAGUUCUGACUGCUGAGACCAUGAAGGCCAUGUUCAAAAUCACCCACUUUUCACCUAAGGGCUCAAAUGAUCUUGCUAAAGAAGAGGCUACUUACAUGCUGUUUGUAGAUUUUCUGUACGAUUGUGAAUGUGUUGAAGGUGACUCGGAGGAUUCUGUCAGUCUUAAGACCAUUCUUUCUUUUACUACUGGUUCAGAGUCUGUUCCACCGAUAGGAUUUGAUAACUCUUUGGGUCUGAGAUUUAACGAUACCAAUGUGUUUCCCACGUCGUCCACUUGUGCGUUGGAGCUAACCCUGCCCUCCAAGUAUUAUAACAAUCCAGAGGAGUUUAAAAAGAAAAUGGUAUAUGGUAUGAAAAACCAUGGAGGAUUUGGUUGCCUAUAAAGCACUGCAAUAAAAUGAACAUAUACUCUUUUUGUGUUUGACAAAACCUAUUAACCCUGUAUCACUUUCAUACUUUAUCAUGAUUCUUUCGAACAUAUACUCUUUUUGUGUUCUAUUCACCCUGUAUCACUUUCAUACUUUAUCAUGAUUCUUUCAAUAUCAUUAUG